UUGAGGGAUCGGAAGGGACAAAAGGACCGGAGGAGACUGCCCAUAUCUUCAUUUCCUUUCCUACUUCUCCUAACCCAUACAACUUCAUGUUCUGCAGUCACCCUCUUAAAUCUCCUCUAGUACCUGCAUUUAAUGCUCUUUUCCUUUCUCACUACAAAUAAACUGCCACCAUUAUAUUUCCACUACUCAUCAACAACAAAAAACACAGUUCUCCUUGCUAGCUAGCUAUAUAUCUAUCAAACUUCCUGCAUACAUUUGCAGUACUAUCUUUCAUGCAUAAAAUGUCAAUCAGUACUUCUUGUCUUGUUGUUUUCCUCCUAUGCCUUUCCUUGCAUGCAUGUAAUGCCCGGCAUCUUCGCCAAGUUGAUAAAAUGCUUGGAAAGAAAAUUCACUUUUCCAUCAAGAGUGAUGAGAAGAUGGGUUCCGAUAAGAUUUCAGCUCUGUCAAAGGUGCAAGCUUCCUUGUCAAAGCAAAAUGGAGUGGCAAAAAUAGAAGAUGUAGCUGAAAUCCUCUCAAAUGACAGCACUCAAAAGCGAAAAGAGACAAGGACAAAUGAGAAAACAUCUAAAGUGGAAGGAAAAACACCAGAUGCUGUUCAAACUGAGUCUCUUGUUUCCGUUUCUUGGCAUGUACCUCACAAGGAACACAGUGAAAAAAAUCCAGGCUUCAACUUGGACUACUCUCCACCAAAGACACACCCUCCUUCUCACAACUAAGCAAAAAAAGAAAAAAAAGGUUCCCUGAUUUCUUCUAGCUUGUUUCUGCUGCUUAAAGGGUACGUUUUAUUACCUCUCUCAUCCUGCGAGUUCUAAGAAGCAAGAUAGUAUUGAAGAACUUGUGUAUGCCAGGGUUGAAGUGUUUUAGUCUUG